UUAUUUUUAGUAUUUUAACUAUUUUAUUUUUUUGGAAUUGAGGGUUAACAUAUAAAUAAUGAUACUUAUUUGCGGUACCAUUGUGACUUCUGUGAAUUAAAAUUUCUCGCAUUCUCGCUGUGGAAGUUUGGGCUGUAGUUUGGAUUGCAUCCUCGCAAAUCUCGCAGGCGAUUUGCAAGUUACAUACAAAGAAUUCUACGUGAACAUAGCUGUUGCCCUAAUAGAGCAAAUGGACAUUAUGCACGCGUGUCGCUGCUGCCUGCGGCGUCCUCCGGACAAGGACCUGACGACGCCGUACGCACUUUUCGGGAAAACGGAGAUAUAUGCCGACAUGAUUAAAGACUGCUUCGAUAUACAUCUGGCACUGGAUGCCCCGGGCUCGUGCGGCAUCUGCUCUGCGUGCGUGGGCCGCCUGCGAGACGCGAGCGACUUCAAGCUGCAAGUGCAGCGCAGCCAGGCAGAGCUGCAGGCGCUGCUAUAUAAAGCUGAUCCAGUGGUCAAAUCUGAGCAAACUGAAGACAAUGUUGAGGAUAAAUUUGUUUAUGAUGUGUUAUAUGAAGAGCCCAUACUGUUUGAGCAGUCAGAGAUUGGCGAGAUGGCCAAUGAAGUCAUGGAACAAGACCCUCUUUUCAAGUCGGAGGCUGAUGAUGCGAUGAGUGACGAUGAUACAACAGCAGGGGUGUGUUCGGAAGGCAGCGCUGCUUACGGUGACACAACUGACACAACUGUUCAUACAUACAGUCGAGCCCAAGUAGCCAAACCAUUCGGCUGCAAACACUGUAAAGAACGAUUCAAAAAUAAGUGUACUUUAAAAGAGCACAUUCUACGCAAACAUUUGUCAAUCUCAACCGGGCCAAAACUAUUUGCUUGUGGUUUUUGUAGUUCUACAUUCCGAACUAAAUUGCUUGUAUUAGAGCACGAGAGAAUCGAACACGGUGUUACAAGUUUCAUGUGUGGUGAAUGUGGGCAUAUAACGAUUGAAAAAAGCAGUUUGGAAGCUCAUUUAAAAACUCACUCUACGGACAUUGUUAGCUGUACUCAAAGCAGUUAUGUAAGUCAGUCUAAGAGUGAUAUUCCCGAACACCUAGUGAAAAACAUUGCUGAUCUUCUAUCGACACACAAACAAAAGCAUCAGAAGUUACAUACUCUAAGAGAACACCUGCGAAUAGCACCCAAACGAAGUUCUCAUUCCAAUAUUGACUCCACAAUGAAGACGCUAAUUAUUUCUAUGCAUAUUGACGGGCUAAAUAAAUCUGAAAUUGCUAGAGAAACUGGUUUAAAUAGGAAAACUGUUAGUAUGUGGGUCGAUCGAUAUCAAAAAGAAGGUUCUCUGUUACCCCGGCCUAAGACUGGUAGACCAUGCCUCAUAGACACAAAGCAACGCGAGUUUCUGGUGCGGGAAUACAUGGAAGAUGGCGGCAGGCAGACGAAACUGUAUGCAGAUCUGUUCGGCGCAUCUCCACUCACGGUGCGACGUGUGCUUCGUAAAGAGGGACUUCGUUUCCACAAACCUGCUGUGAACCCUAAACGUUCUAAGAAAAAUGGAAUAGACGACAAGUAGAAAUACGGAGUAAAUUGACAGAGAAAUAGUUUUAUUAGAUGCCCCAACGCCCAAAAAUUACAUAAAAUGAUUUGUUGCUUACUAUAUCAGUGAAAAGUAGAAACUUUCUUACGCCUUACUAUAACAAGGCCUGGAGCCGAAUAUUUUCUCUAGUUAAGAGUAACCUCCUGUUAGACCUGUUAUGAAGAUACUAAAUAUUUAUUUAUGUAAGGAAAACCUUUGGAAACAUAACUUUACUGUCAAAGUGUUAAUCUCUUAUGCGGGACUUAUUAUUGUUAAUGUUUAAUAAGGCCCAGCUUUCGUAAAUUAAAGUACAGUUACAGUGAAAAACUUUAAUUUUGUAAUUUGUAAUACCUAAGCGAAAGUUUUGCUUACCGCCAGUAAAAUAUAAAAACAAAACAUCCGUAAUGUAAGUAAAUUUGAUAGUUUGUUACUUAAAAAGUCAUGGGU